CGUCGCUGUCACCGUCGUCGUCGCCGUCGUCGUCGCCGGGCGUCAUCCGCGGAGAAAACCGAGAGGUACCAUUGCAGCACCGAUCAUGUCGCGCGUCACGAUCAUCAUCCUGAUGGCGAUACUCGCGUCGAUUGUGCGUGGCCGCGCCGCUUGUCCGUUCUGCGACAGACAACAACAAUUGGAGCAGUUGCAACAGUUGCAGCUGCAGUCGCCGCAUCAUCAUCAUCAGCAGCAGCAGCAGCAGCAACCGUAUCAGACGAUAGGCAGUCCGUUCGGCACCGACAGACCGACCCGCGUCCAGGAAUUUAACCGGACCGGCGUGUUGCAUCCCGAGUACCAGAUACCGGCGACCAUCAGACCCGGUAACGUGUCUCAGUUCUAUUAUUUGAGUCCACGGGAAGGACCACCUCUCACGUUACUCGUUAGCCCGUGUAGCGGUCCGAUAUCUUGGACGGUCAGUUACGUGGCGCCGCCCGAAAACGAUCAGGAAGUCGACGGGAUAAAGUCGCAAACAACACGAUGGCCUGUGAAGACUCUGAAACCGGGUUCUCCUCUGUUCUCGUACGAGGGCGCGGAGGACCAAAAUUUCACGAUACCAAAGACGCGAGCCGGUCUCUACUGGUUCGAGAUCAAGUCGUUGGAGCUGACGACGAGCAACGACGAUUCGGCGGAACGUCCGCCCGGCACGGUGCUUCUUUACGCGACGUCUAGCGCUCUGGACCACGUGCCGGCUAUGUACGCGAACGAGGAGUAUAGGUACCGUUCGCUGAGGUUUCAGCAGCGACGAAGCAAGCGGCGACUGACGAUAUCCUGGAGCAAAAGCCCGGUGGAUCCACAUCUCUCGAACUACUGUUUGGCCGUCACCUCGGGCUCGCAGCCGCAUCCGUCGACGCUCUGCGCCGCUCGAAACGUGCUGAAAGCUCAUCCGCGUCUGACGAGAACCGGCUCCUCCUCGUCGAAGGAACAUCAUCAUCGCAGUAUUCCAGAAGGGUUACAUUGCGUGCGGCAGACCAAGCUGACGCUUCACAGAAUGAGAUACGACACUACGUACAACUUCACUCUAUAUGUGGUAAACACACGGAACAACGUUUCGAAUCGGGUUGCCACCGACGCUAUCAGGUUCAGAAAAACCCCAGAGCUGAUACUGCGAACCGGUCGCUACACCGUAGCCAAUCUACGGAAGACAGACGGCUUCGUCAAUUUUCGUUAUCGUCCGCCGGACAAUACUACGAGCACCUUUCACGUACUUCCCUGUGGCGGAGGUAUCGUGAAGGCGAAAUUAAGCGGACCAGGAGUAACGCGGGAAAAAGAGGUGGUAGGAUAUGCCUCAUUGCGUGUGCCCCCUCUACCUUCCGGCAAAAUGUACACGUUGCGUAUAUCGACCACACCGCAGGAGCUGGUUCGAGUAUCCACCAUAAAAGUGCUAGCGACGCAAGAAUCAUCCACGAUUUACCCGCAAAUACCGUCGAGAAGUACACCGCGGGAGUACCGAUCUCUGAGGACCUGCCACGAGGUAACGAUAGGCGUGGAGCCGGCAGGGGCCGCCAAGUAUUGCAUCCUCGUAAAGGAGCUUCGGAGUUCGUCGUCCCUGGCAAGCGUCACGACCGUUCCGGAUCAGUGCGGUCUCCAUCGGCGCAGACGGUCCGAGUACACGUUCGAGGUCUGCGAGGAGAAGCGAAGUCCGCCGAAAGACAGAGCGCUUCCCUUCACCUUGAGGAGGCUGCAGCCCGGCAAGGCUUAUCUCUUGCAGGUCACGGCUCAGCUGAAGGGCCAGUCGUUGUCUUAUCCUCUUCUGGGUGUACGCACGCGACGUUUUUGUCUAACAUGAUCCAUAGAAUUCAAUUCCUUAUUAAGAGAACUUUGUUUUCAAAAGCGUUGCGACGAUUCUCAAAAAACUCCAUCCACACGAAAAAAAAAAAAAAAAAAAA